UCGGUCCUGCGAUUUGAUGGUCGGCGCUAGGACCCAGUGAACGUGCAACCUUUUAGUCACGGGGCUUCGGAAAAACACAGAGGGACGAAGAAGAAAGUUUCAAUGAAUGUGAGGAUUCCCGAAACCGUGCUCGACUGCCAGAAUGACACAGAAGCACUUUCUUGAAGGACAGGUUUAUUCUGUUCCACUGAUUCAGCCAGACCUGCGCCGUGAGGAGACAAUUCACCAAAUAGCAGAUGCUCUUCAGUAUCUGGAGACGAUAUCGGCUGACAUCUUCACCAGGGUUUCCCUUAAUGUUGAAAAAAAUCGGAACCAUCUACAGGCAGUUACAGACCGCAUAAAGCUUGCCCAAGCCCGUAUUGAUAAAAUUAAAGGGAGCAGGAAGGCCAUUAAGGUUUUUUCUAGUGCAAAGUACCCUGCCCCUGAUAAACUACAAGAUUACUGUUCAAUAUUUUCUGAUGCUGCCGAUCCAGCUGCCCACAAACGUCCACGUUAUAAAGUGCAAGGAAAGCACAGAGCUCUGGAUGAGAAAGUAUUACAGGAGAAGCUGAUGUACUUCCCUGUAUUCGUAAAUGCUAAAAGGCACUCUGAAGAUGAAACAGAAGAAGGCCUAGGAAGCUUGCCUAGGAACAUCAAUUCAAUAAGUUCACUGCUGCUUUUUAACACCACAGAGAAUCCUUAUAAGAAGUAUGUACUCCUGGACCCACUGGCAGGUGCUGUGACAAAAACGCACACUACACUUGAAACCGAGAAAGAAGAGAAACCAUUUGAUGCCCCGCUGUCCAUUACAAAACGCGAGCAGCUUGAGAGACAGACUGCAGAAAAUUAUUUCUAUGUACCAGAUCUAGGCCAGGUGCCCGAAAUAGAUGUGCCAUCCUAUCUCCCAGACCUUCCUGGAAUUGCAGAUGACUUGACCUACAGUGCAGAUUUAGGCCCUGGGAUUGCACCAUCAGGACCAGCAGGAAUCAUCCCAGAACUGCCAUCAUUUUCAACAGAAGUAGGAGAGCUCAACGGCUCAGAUAUACCAUAUCGGGAUGUAGGUCUUCCUCCUCCACCUCCACCACCCCCACCACCUCCUCCACCACCAUCAUCUGAAGCCACCUUCCUAAAUGCAUCUACACCACCAGCUCCCCCUCCACCACCACCUCCACCUCCAGCGGUGACUGGUCUCAGUGGAGAGAUCGCACAGCAGACCCCAGGUCUCAUGCAGGGAGCUCCCGCAGAGGUGGUGAAGCCUUCCGACGGACGAGCUAAUCUCUUGGAGUCUAUUCGCAAAGCAGGCGGUAUAGGAAAAGCCAAACUUCGCAGUGUGAAAGAGCGAAAAAUGGAGAAAAAGAAACAGAAAGAACAAGAGCAAGUGCAAUCAACAGCUAGGGGAGGAGACCUAAUGUCUGAUCUCUUCAAUAAACUUGCGUUGAGGAGGAAAGGCAUCUCUGGAAAGGUUCCUGCUCCAGGAGAGGGCAGUGGGGAUGCACCUGUCAGUUCCGGUGGUGCCUUUGCCCGAAUGUCUGAUGCGAUUCCUCCCCUUCCACCACUUCAGCAAGCAAAUGCAGAAGACGAUGAGGAUGACUGGGAGGCCUAACUGCUUUCACCAUCUUGGUUAUUCUCUGUAUAGAUAAGUGUGACUUUUAAAGGAAUCCCUGUAUUUCUAUGAUUGACCAAGAAAGAGAAACAAGGACUAAACUCUUAGAUCAAAAAUAGCACUAAAUGUAUAGAAAGAGAGAGCGAGCGAGUCCUGGACACAUUAUAGCAGAUGUCAUUCCAUCAAAAUCUGUUACUCAGACCUAUAAAUAUUGGAACGAAGGAGCUCCCUAUCUAAAUUGAAAUGUUCAGAGGGUUGGUGCAGUUUUUUUUUUUUUUUGAAGUAUUUCUCUUCAGUUGCUGUUUUGUCUUACAAUGUACAGUUGAAAUAUAACUUUUUGUUUGGGAUUUGAAUAACUGUCCCAUGAAAUGUUGGCAAAGCUGCUCUGCUUGAAUGUUUUUUAUAACACAGAGCAUAUGGUCCAACAAAAAAUGUAUAUAAAUAACUCAGUUUACAAUUUGUUAUACUGUAUCAAUGCGCUGAAUAAAAAUGCACACUUCAAAUGAAAUUUGAGUGUAUCUCCACGGCCCAUGUUACAUGUGUAACUGCUGGUCCAAGCAGGAGUAGCCGCUUACUUUCUCUGUAAACACUGGAACCAUUCAUGGCAGCUGCAGUUUUGUACAUUAGCAUGCAAAAAGAAAAAAAGGAACGCCCAAAUGUGGUGUAUGGAAGGAAUAAAGCUCUAGUGUUCACACCGCAGGAGUCAAAUGCCAAGCGUCCUUAAGCUAAGAGAGGGAAACUGAAGUACCUGGAAGCUAAUCCACACAGACCCAGGAAGAAAGUGCACACUCCACAGUGACAGUGCCCAGGACAGAGAUUCUCACUCUGGACGCUCAUGUAAGGCAACAGUACUAACCACUGCGUCACCAUGCCAUGUUUUUGCUUAAUACAUAUGACUUCUGAUCUUUUCUUUGUCCGACCACUAAUCUUACUUCAUUACUGUUAGAAAACUAACGCUAAGGGGAUGUCCUGUGAAUGGUUAUAUACGUAAUGUGUGAUGCAUAACUUAUAAGCUGCUUGUGCACAACAAAGAAGCAAAUCCAAUCCCCCCUAGUAUAUUCAAUAUAUGAUGUUAGGUUUAAAGAUCUAAAAAUGUAAUUUGUUUGUUAAAUAUAUACAUUUUCAAUCAGAAAAUAGAUUUUUAAGAAGGUGUACAUUGAAAUGAAGGGUGUGUUUCAAAAAUGGAUAGUUUAUUUUCUGUUAUUUACUCAAAAUGCCAACUGUCCAACCUCGAUCUUUUCAGAGUGCACAUGGAGUACAGGAGCUGAGCAGCCAGCCCACUGUCCUCCAGCCGUUUUAAGAAGAUGAUGUUCUCAACAGGAGAGUGAGAUCAGAAAAAUUACAAAAAAAAACACAACAGCAACUGUGCAACUGAAUUUGGUUUUGUACCCAUCAACCACUUGUACUUGUAACUGUCGUACUAUUCAAUAGUGUAAGCUUGUCCACUGCAUAGACACUUAAUUUUUUCAGGGUCACUUAAGCAAAUUACAAAGCGAUAAUGCAGCAUGUAGAUACAUCCAAGCUAAUUCUAGAAGGAAUCCACAAUCAGAAAAAUGACUAUAAACGUAGCUUCUGUAAAUGCUGGAGAAAUGCUUGUGAUUGUUAAACAGCACAACAGAGCGACCACAUGGUGUUUUAUCAUUUUAUAACACUGAGAAAAGUAUCAGCUAGGGGGCACUGAACAGAAGGAUAUUAUUAAAUACAAGAAUGAUUAAUCUGAAGAUUUUGCUGUGUGCUUAACAAGAUGAAUGGAUGACAGUUAUUCUGAAG